AUGCCCGCAGAUAGUUUUCCCAUCACUCUUGAUCACCUCGCAUGUCCACAGCUCUCUGCUAACCAUUUAACACAAUCAGGGGACUUAGCACACAGUUGCAGCAGCACGAGUAAUGUCAAUACUAAACGAAAAGAUACCAGCUGCAUAGAGAAGUGUCGAAAAGGUACUCGGAAAAAGGGAAAACCCUACCUAUUUCAGGCCCCUCCAAACGCAGGCGCCGAGCUCGAUCUACGAAGCCUAUACAUCGACAUUUCAAGAACCCGAAACGGAGUCUCUAGCCAGCUGACCCCCAGUAGUGGACGGGUGCCACCUAGCAAGAUUCUAGAUUUUUUGUAUAUUGGUAGUGUGCUAGACGCGCAGGAUGCGAAGUUUAUUGAGCGAGAAAACAUUCGAUGUGUCCUCAAUAUAUCUAGAGAAGAGUACUGGUCAGUAGACAACAACAUUGUUGUCUACCCCUUCAAGAUCGAGGACUCUUGCAACGCUGAUAUCACUCCUCUUUUUCGUCCAACAAGCAACUUGAUUGAAAGCAUGCGGCGGAAGUACUUUGAGGCGAAGGAGAAGAAAGAAGCUGUCUUGCCACGAGUUCUGGUACACUGCCAGAAAGGCGUCAGCCGAUCCACUGCGAUAGUCAUGGCCUACCUUAUCAAACGAAACGGGUGGUCCGUAUCGGAGGCCCUGCAGUACGUACGACGUCGUCGCUACGGUGCUGAGCCCAAUAUAGGGUUUCUAGAAGCGCUUCGGAAUUUGCAAAAUUCCAUGACUUCGGCCGAACGCACGAGAUGUUAUUCUCAACAGAGUCUAUUGGUUAAAAACCUCCCAAGCACCACUACCGCUAGCGUCGUAUUCAAUUUCUUUGAGAAACGAUUUGGCUGUGUAAAGGGUGUAACAUUUCACACCAAAUCAUCCUCUGCGGACCACACUCCACCGUCUAGUCAAACAGAAAACGAUCGCGAGGUAGGUUCUUUGGAGGCUAACGCGUCGGGCGCGGAAAGCGAUAGCCAGACUCAUGUUUGCGAUCACAUCACACCUGCCCUACCUGCACCCAAAGAUACCCUCUGCCUUGUUUUUUUUGCAUGCUUUGAAAAUGUAAAAUUUGCUAAGGAUUUCGCCGUUAGCCAGCCAGCAAUUAUGAGCGAACUAGGUGAGUUAUCUGGUAGGCCUAUCAAGCUGAUUGUGCCGGUCAGAAUUAAAGCUCCCAGGUUGAGGUGUGGGAGCUUUAAUGGAAUCUUACCCUCGACUGAGCACAGCGACUCCGUAUCCAGCCGCUGUGAGUCUAGCCGCGAGAAGGACGAAGGACAUAAGAUACGAGCUGGAAUGGAACAUAACAACUCACGCUUACCCGAAGCUGCAGCCCAACAUGCCGGAUAUUAG